CCUUUAACCUGAAAGAAGAAGACAAGAUUAAUUGUGGUAUUACUUUUGUUAAAACUGUUGUCUUAUGGACCGCCUGGCAUCUUUUGGAAAUGAUCCUUUUGAUAAACCACCAUGCAGAGGCUGCUCCUCUCUUCUAACUGAGCCGUACAUUAAGUGUGCAGAAUGUGGACCCUCACCUUUUUUACUCUGCCUCCAGUGUUUCACCAAAGGAUUUGAAUACAAGAAGCACGAGAGUGAUCACAAAUAUGAAAUCAUGACAUCGGACUUCCCUGUGCUCGAGUCUGGGUGGACGGCACAGGAAGAGAUGGCCCUGCUGGAAGCAGUCAUGGACUGUGGUUUUGGAAACUGGCAGGAUGUGGCAUAUCAGAUGCGCACUAAAACCAAGGAGGAAUGCGAGAGCCACUAUAUGAAGAAUUUCAUCCAUAACCCGCUUUUCUCCUCCACCUUGCUCAGCCUCCGGGAAACAAAAGACUCACCCUUUGUAGAAGGCGCUAUUCCAUUCAAACCCACUGAUGAUCCUCCGCGUCCUACAUUUGACUCUGUGCUGUCUCGCGAUAUGGCUGGAUACAUGCCCGCCAGAGCAGACUUCAUGGAGGAGUUUGACAACUAUGCAGAAUGGGACUUGAAAGACAUCGACUUUGUGGAUGAUGAUUCAGACAUCCUGCGUGCACUCAAGCUUUCAGUUGUUGAUAUUUAUCAUUCAAGACUCAGAGAGAGACAGCGAAGGAAAAAGGUCAUCCGAGACCAUGGACUGAUCAACCUGCGGAAAUUCCAGAUGCUGGAGCGAUGUUACCCAAAGGAGGUGCAGGAGCUGUAUGAUGUCAUGAGACGAUUUGCCAGAGUGGUCGGACCAAUUGAACACGACAAAUUCAUUGAAAGUCAUGCACUGGAGUUUGAGCUGAGGAGAGAGAUCCGCAGGCUGCAGGAGUUCAGGAAGGCAGGGAUCAAGUCCUUCUGCAGUGCCAAGGUGUACGAGCGGGCGAAGCGACUGCGGGAGGAGGAGCGCCGGAAGCGGACCAUGUUGUGUGACGUGCUGCAGUACAUCCAGGAUGGCAGAGCCUGCCAGCAGUGGCUCAGCAAGCAGGCGGCAAUAGACGCUGGCAUCACUCCAGCUGUCACAACAAUCACGGUAUCGGCAACAGGAAGGCGGAGCGCCCCUCCUCUUAAUCUGACCGGGUUGCCGGGGACAGAGAAACUCAACGAGCGGGAGAAAGAGUUAUGCCAGAUUGUGCGGCUGGUGCCGGGGGCCUAUCUGGAAUACAAGCAGGCCCUGCUGAACGAGUGCAGACGGCAGGGCGGGCUCCGGCUGGCGCAGGCCCGAGCGCUCAUCAAGAUCGACGUCAACAAGACGCGCAAAAUCUAUGAUUUCUUAAUCAAGGAGGGCUACAUCACUAAGGCCUAGGAGGCUUUCGUGUGACCACAGGGGACUGUUGUGGUUAGUGGUUCACGCUUUUCUAAUCUUGUAACAUUUGUAAACUCGUGUUAUGUUCGAGGUUCAGCUUUUUUUUCUUCCUUUUUUUUCUUUUUUUUUUGCUGCUCCUUUUGAAAUUUUUUAACAUUUGUACGGUCUGUUUUGUCUAAAAUGUAUUAAAAUGGCAAAUCUCAUAUAAUUCUCUGUCAGAAGAACAGGGGUUAAUGCUAAAUGAGGAUGUAUUUAUUUCUCCUGUCAUAAAAUGUUUAUGGAAAUAUUAAAAAGAUGCAUAUGCUGAUAUCUUUA